AUGUUCGCCCGCACCGCCGCCCGCUCCCUCGCCUCCUCCUCCCGUGCAUUCUCCACCUCGGCCGCGCGCCAGUCCAAGGUUACCGUCCUCGGUGCCGGCGGAGGCAUCGGCCAGCCCUUGUCCCUCCUCCUCAAGCUCAACCCCCACGUCACUGAGCUCUCCCUCUACGACAUCCGCGGUGCUCCCGGUGUUGCUGCCGACGUCUCCCACAUUGACACCAAGAGCGAGGUCAACGGCUUCACCUCCGACAAGCUUGACCAGGCUCUCGAGGGCACUGAUGUUGUCGUCAUCCCCGCCGGUGUCCCCCGCAAGAUGACCCGUGACGACCUCUUCAACACGAACGCGUCCAUCGUCCGCGACCUCGCCGCCGCCAUCGCCCGCGUCUCCCCGAAGGCCCACGUCCUCGUCAUCUCCAACCCCGUCAACUCCACCGUCCCCAUCGUCUCCGCCGUCUUCGAGAAGGCCGGUGUCUACGACCCCGCCCGCAUCUUCGGUGUCACCACACUCGACGUCGUCCGUGCCCAGCGCUUCCUCGCUGGUCUCGCUGGCGCCGACCCCAAGCAGGUUCCCGUGACCGUCGUCGGUGGUCACUCAGGCGCGACCAUCGUCCCCCUCAUCUCCCAGACUAUGCACGCCAACGCGGACGGUGCGGGCUCUGCUACCCUCUCAAUGGCCUACGCCGGUGCGCGCUUCACUGGCGACCUCCUCCGGCCAUUCACGGCGAGAAGGAGCCCCCUCUAUGCCGACCAGGGCAUCGAGUACUUCUCCUCGAACGUUGAGCUUGGCCCCAACGGUGUUGAGAAGAUUCUCCCUGUUGGUGCGAUCACCAAGGAGGAGGAGGAGCUCCUCGCGGCGUGCCUUCCGAGCUCAAGAAGAACAUCGAGAAGGGCCUCAAGUUCGUCUCGCCGCAGUAGACUUGUUGGCUUUUAUACACUACCGUACCCACAUGUGCGACACCGUGCCAAAAGCGUUGUUGUACACAGAAUCUAA